GUUUUUGAUUACGUGAAGUCACAGUGGAAAACCUUGAGGUUCUUUCGUAGCUUUCUAGUCUCUAGACUGAUACCAUAAGUCGGUGCUUUCGCUCUCUUGUCGUUUCUCAAGGAAGAAGCCGAAAACUACGACUUAUUGAAUCAGUCUAGUGGGCUUCCUGUGAUAAAUGACGUAAAAGUACCGCCUGCAGUGCAUGCGGUCAGUGGAGUGCAGGAUGGAGAGUCAAAACCAGUCAGACUGGAUCACAACAACAAACAUCAGAAAAAUUCGAAGAAGAAGAAAGCAUGGCGGCGGCUUGGAAAAAGAGGCUGCAGAAAGAGCUCUGCGAACUACAGAAAAAACCGCCAAAUGGCAUGAAAAUCCACAGAGAAUCGAACCUUACAAAAUGGAUUAUAGAAUUGGAUGGCGCACAAGGUACACUUUAUGAAAAUGAAAAGUUCCAACUACAAUUCAAAUUUGGAUCACGCUACCCAUUUGACUCACCGGAGGUACGUACUGUCUUAUUCAGAGUGUUUAUACUUUUCUUACACAACAUGGAGUGGAAGUCACAUGAUAUGGUAAAUAUCUAGUGUACAGACAGUAGAGGUACAUACUGUCUUAU